AUGUCCUCCCCAUCGACAUUCUCCUAUAUCCAAACUUCAAACGGAACAAAAGUCCACAUAAUCGAAGCCGGCAAUCAACUCGGUCCCUUAAUAAUCCUUCUUCACGAUUUAGGCGGCUCAACAGAGACAUUUACCCCGCUCCUACCUUAUCUAUACCCAGAGACAAAUAGACUCGUAUCUGUAGACCUUGAAGCGUUCGGAAAGACUGGCCUAUCAUCACCAGACGUCCAUAUCUCUAUACCUCGAUAUAUCGAUGACUUGGACUCUAUUGUGGCAUCUCUACAGGGAUCUGAAAGGAAGCAAGACGGAGAGGACAGCCCGCGGAAAAUUGUCAUCAUCGGACACAGCCUCGGAUCGACCAUUGCAAUGCAUUACGCGGCUGAACACCCGAUGACAAUUAGCGGUCUUGUGCUCCUUGGAGCCGGACGAUCAAUUGCCCAUAUACCAACUGCUAGAGAACGGAUGUUAAGUUUGGCAACGAAAGCGAGGACAGAAGGCAUAUCUGCCGUGGCGGAUGUAGCUGCUAUAUCUAACUUUCCUCCGCCUGACCAAUGGCCGUCAACCACAACCAUCAAAAAGCAAGAAGAACUACACGAGACUGUUCGCCGGGCAGUGAUGAAUUGUGAAGCAGAAGCAUACGCAAAAGCAUGCGAGGCAGUCGCCGGUUUGGACCAUUUGGAUCCCGAGUACGGUAAUAUCACUGCACCGGCAUUAUUGCUAGCAGGAUCUGGAGAUGUAAUUUCUCCACCGGAUCGAUCUAUGGGAUUGAAAGACUUGAUUGGAUGUAAUGCCAGGGUAAUGAUUCUUGAUGGUGUUGGACAUCAGAUGGUUUUGCAAGACUUGGAUUGGUGUGUCAGGGAAAUUAGGGGUUUGCUUCGUGAGGUGGGAAUGGACGGGAUAUGA